AUGACUUCUCUCCUCGAUCUGCCUCUGGAGAUUGUGAUGCUUAUAAUCGACGGCCUUUUCUCCCAUUUCGAAACGGAACCCGGCAAUAAGGACAUUUUUCUGGCAACUCAGAAAGACUUGAACACACUUUCACAGACAAACAAAUGGUUCUAUGCUCAGCUGGAAAUUCGUCUGUACAAUUUCAAUUUACAACAUGGUGGCCAGACAUCAUUGGCGUUCGGCGCCUUUCAUGGCCACGAGACAGUCGUCCAGAAGUCUCUGGCAACAAGCGCGCCAGACACAAUACCAAGUGUUGCCUUUUCUACUCGUGACUGUGGAAUUUCCCAUGUCCCACUCUGCUGGGCGGUUCAGGGAGGACAGAUCUCUAUGGUGGAUUCACUUAUUCAAUCUGGUGCCGAUAUUCACAAGAACUGUGUCGACACUAGAUGUGACGCCCAGCUGCUCAGUCAAGCCGCAAGGUUUGGUCAUUUAGAUUUGAUGAAAGACCUUGUAAGAAGGGGUCUCCGUCCAACGAUCAAGUGGGAAAAUCACUUUACAAGACCUAGAGACGAGUUGGUCGAUAAUGACGAUACAAGAUAUAAAGCCACUCUCCGCUUAGCUGCCGAGAAUGGACAUCUUGACUGCGUUGAUUACACACUUUCUGUAGGAGAUUAUCAGGAUCUCUCUUGCAAGCAAUACAUGCACAGGAUAGCAUUGAUUGUGCCAGCGACAGUGGCCAACGGUCACAUGGAGUGUGCCAUGUUCUUGCUAAGUCGCAGUGACAUCCUGAAACAGAGUGGUUUCUGCCGAUGUGCCUCCAAACCUGCCAGAGCUCUAGUUUCCGAUCUUCCCAGGCUGACUAUGGCACUGGAAGAUCCUUCCAUCAUGGAGAAGUACGGCCAUAUGCUUCUUUAUCUGGCAGCCGCUACUGGCUGCUCAUCCUUGCUUAGGGAAGUGGUUCAACGAGGUAUUAAUAUCGAUACACGAUUCCGUGGAGGGAACACACCACUGUGUCUUGCAAUAAUAGAGCGGGGGAACUCUGUAUCUAUACAAAGCAUCUUAGCACUGGGCGCUGACAUCAACGUGAAAAACUCCCAAAAGCGAAAUCCACUCUAUCUCGCAACUAUGUUUCGGUCUACGGAUAUCAUGAUGUUGCUUUUGGAUGAAGGUGCCAAUGUCAAUGAAACCGGCCCUCGAUCAGGCAUCAUGCAAACACCCCUGCUCCGCGCUGUUGACGAUUUCAAUUUCUUUGCCCCCAGCGCAGAACGUGCAAGACGUACUUUGCACUCUCCCGGCAAUGAGGUCCUGUCAUUGUUGCUGGAGCAUGGUGCUGACCCCAACUAUGUUGACCCAACGCAUGGGAUCACUCCACUAUGGCUCGCGGUUCGGGCAACGUAUAGGCUUGAGAAGAGGUACAGUCUUGUGCAACUGCUUCUUGAGCACGGGGCAGACCCGAAGCUAGCAACGAGGAAUCAAUCAGUUCUGUUCUGGUCCAUACCGGCGCACGACUACAAUACGACCAAGAUUCUGCUUGAGCAUGGUGCCGAUCCUAAUGACUAUGGACGAAAUUUUGAUGGCUCGAAAACUCACCACCGUGGGAAACCACUCUCGCCUCUGGCCAAGGCUAUGAAGGCGAGACGUUAUGAAACGGCUGAGCUCUUGCUUGACCAUGGUGCGGAUCCUCAUGCCCCAUAUUGGAAGACGGAGACGUCAUUGGUUAAAGCGACCAAGUCUAUGAGAUGUUCGUUCAUAGAGAAGAUGAUUGAUAAGGGCUUUGAUGUGAAUGAAUCUGUCGGGGCCCAGAAACCUCUACAUGUGGCUGUCUGGAAGGGGAAUGUUGAAGUGGCGGAAUUACUGCUUCGACGUGGAGCAGAUCCCAAUAUCACAGUUGGGGGCACUUCACGACAGUCAUCACGUUCACUUCUUUGGUGGGCUUCUCAUCAGAAUCUCACGGCUGUAGUAGAAUUGCUUUGUGCACAUGGCGCCAGGCAGCUACCUGAUGCUGAUACUCCUGGAGACUUCUCUCCGAUCUCGAAAGACUCACAGUAUGACGGGGUGGAAUAUUCCUCAAGUCUCUUUUCCGAUGACCCAUAG